AUGCUAGAAGAAAACCGAUCCAGGGAAUUCUUACAUAUCGAAACAAAUGGACUGAGCUCAGCGCGGAGACGCUGCUGGUGGACUGCAGGAGGUUUACCUGCUGCACUUCACGACCAAAUGGCUACCGACAUGCCAAUGGACACGGUGCCUGCCUCAUCCCCAGACCCGACCUCACCCCCUGUUCUCAGCUCCAGUGCAACCGAAGACCAGAUUCCCACCCAGGAGCCAGCCAUAGCUGAGACCCCUCAGACAGAAGUGUCUUCAGUUCCCGAUGCGGCUCCAGAUCACAGCCCAGCUCAGCCUGCAGACCCAGAGAUGGCCAAAGGACUUGUUUCUGACUCGGAGCUGCCCCCAGCCCCUCUGCUGCUACCACUGCCACCAGUCACUGCCAAGAACCCCGGCUGCAAGAUCAUGACCUUCCGGCCCACUAUGGAGGAGUUCAAAGAUUUCGCCAAAUACGUUGUGUACAUGGAGAGCCAAGGAGCUCACCGUGCCGGCCUGGCAAAGGUGAUUCCCCCAGAGGGCUGGAAGCCGCGGCGAUCCUAUGACAGCAUCGAGGACAUGGUGAUUCCAGCUCCCAUCAUGCAGGUGGUGACUGGUCAGUCGGGUCUGUUCACCCAAUACAACAUCCAGAAGAAGUCUAUGACCGUGGGCGAGUACCGUAAGCUGGCCAACAGCAAGAAGUACUGCACACCUCGCCACAAAGACUUUGAUGACCUAGAGAGGAAAUACUGGAAAAACUUGACAUUUGUGUCGCCCAUUUACGGUGCAGAUGUCAGCGGCUCCAUCUAUGAUGAGGACAUCCGAGAGUGGAACAUUGGCCACCUCAACACGUUGCUGGACAUGGUGGAGCAGGAGUGCGGCAUCGUUAUUGAGGGUGUCAAUACUCCUUAUCUGUAUUUCGGCAUGUGGAAGACCACAUUUGCAUGGCACACUGAGGACAUGGACCUCUACAGCAUCAACUACCUGCACUUCGGACAGUCCAAGUCCUGGUACGCCAUCCCACCUGAACACGGCAAGAGGCUGGAGAGGCUGGCACAAGGAUUCUUCCCUGGCAGUUCCCAAGGCUGUGAUGCUUUCCUUCGCCACAAGAUGACGCUGUUAUCUCCAUCCAUCCUAAAGAAAUAUAGCAUUCCAUUUGACAGGAUUACUCAGAAUGAAGGGGAGUUCAUGAUCACCUUUCCGUAUGGCUACCAUGCCGGCUUCAACCACGGCUUCAACUGUGCGGAGUCCACGAACUUUGCCACCCUGCGCUGGGUAGACUACGGCAAGAUGGCCACCCAGUGCACCUGCCGUAAGGACAUGGUGAAGAUCUCCAUGGACGUGUUUGUGCGCAGCCUGCAGCCCGAUCGCUACGAGCUGUGGAAGCAGGGCAAGGACUCCAUGGUGUUGGACCAUCUCAAGGCCACUGAGCUCAACAGCCCCGAGCUUGAGCGCUGGAGGGAACAUCGCGUCACUUUCAGAGAAAACCUCCUGCGAAGGGCCAUGCAGAAGAUGAAACUGUUCCGUCGUCUGAAGCUGGAUGAAGUGAAGGUGUUGGCGCAAGAAGGUAUUGAGCUGAACGCUGCCGAGUACCAGCGUCAGGUGGAGGAACGCGAUGCCAAGCGCAAGCAGGAGAGGGAGGAGCGUUUAGCCAGAGAGGCCAUGAUGACCCUGGAAGCCAUGGAGCGUGAGGAGCAGAAGGCAGCUGAGGCAGCUGCAGCUGAGGCAGCUUUAGCAGCUGAGACUCCAGCCAUUGAAGAAGCACAUGAAGCCAAGCCACAGAACCUGACAGAAGACGGUGAGAAAAAGAAGCAGAAAAGGCUAAAAAAGAUUCCAAACAUCCAAAAUGCGCUCACUGGAUUUGAGGCGGUGUUUGAGCAGUUUGCGACAGGCGGCACAAGGAUUUCAGACAACGCCCUGGUCAGUGAUCCAGAAGCUGGGAAACCUCUUACCCCACAGCAGAGUGACAUCACAGCAGACAACAAGCUGGAUGCAUGCUACCCCAAGAUGAAGAUGCCACCUGGGGUGAAAAAGAGUCGGCGUCAUCCCCUCAGCAAACCUCCCAUGCUCUCCCCUCUGUCCAUCGUUAAGCAAGAGCUGACCAGUGACAAAGAUCUGUCCUCCCCCGGGCCGCUGGACAGUGACAUGAAGAAACAGGAGCACCUCUGGCAGAAUAACGAACCAAACUUCCUUGCAGAGAAAUCCUUCAACGCUGCAGUGGCACCACUAAAACCUUACUGUGCUGUCUGUUCACUCUUCUGUCCCUACAACUCGCCACAUAAAGAUGUGUCCAGUGAGCCCCCAGUCACCCCCACCCCCCGUCCAGGCAGCAUGACUCGCCCACUGGUCCCAGAGAUGUGCUUCAGCGUUGGGUCAGGAAGCACCGAACCUCCACCCACCAACCAUCACAUUGGAGAGGAUGGAACCAGUCUCCUGCUUUGCUGUUCAUCUUGCAAAAUGCAGGUUCAUGCCAGUUGUUACGGUGUCAAACCGGAGUCUGUCAGUGAUUCCUGGACGUGCUCCAGAUGUGCAGCAGGAGCCUGGACAGUGAAUUGUUGUCUUUGCAACCUGCGUGGAGGAGCUUUUAAGAAGACCGUGGACAACUGUUGGGUCCACAUCAUCUGUGCCAUCGCUGUGGCUGAGGCUCGCUUUGUCAACGCCAUUGAAAGGGAGCCAGUGGACAUCAGUGCUGUUCCAGAAACGCGCAAAAAUCUGAAGUGCGUGUUCUGCCACGGCAAGAACUCCAGUCCGAACCGCGGCGCCUGCAUCCAGUGCUCGAACGAGAACUGCGCCACCUCCUUCCACGUCACCUGCGCCCAAAUCGCCGGAGUGGUCAUGAAGCCUGCGGACUGGCCCUACGUGGUGUCUGUCACCUGCCACCGGCACACAAAGGUCCCCACCAAGUCGCGGUCAGCCACCAGAGCCCCGCCCUGUCCGAAUGUGGGACAGAGAGUGAUUGGCCGCAAUGCUGACGGCUGGUAUUACCAUUGUACCGUUAUCGGAACAGCAACGCAGACGUUCUACGAGGUCAACUUUGACGACGGCUCAUACUGUGACAACGUGCACCCAGAAAACCUACUGAGUCACGACUGCCUGCGAAACGGUGUCCCCGAAAUCGGGGAGUUGAUCGUGGUCUGCACGUCCGAGGGUCAGGUCCUCAAUGCUUACUUCAUCAAACAGCACGUCCACAAGCUCUACCAGGUCGAGUUUCAGGACCAGACUCAGCUAAUGCUCAAACACUCCGAGAUACACCAGCUGGACCUGGAGCUGCCCAAAAGGGUCCGAGCCCGACUUGCGAUUAAUGCUCCCCAGGAGGAGGCCCCCUCAGCAGAUGAAGCCCAAGCAGCCAAACGCCGCUGUCUGCCUCCUGGCUCAGCCCAACCGACUGAGACCCCCACAAAUAUAAUCACUCCGCCCUCCUGCCCCCUACUGGCAGCCCUGGUAGACGCACCAGCACCAGCACGCGAGAGUAUUAGUACGCCGCAGACCUCACAACCUCUGUCCCCGCUCGGCAUGUACCAACUGGAGUCCCCCGCCCCAACCAGCAGUAUUCAUGUGGACGCAGAGACCCCAAUGGACACGAGCGUCCUCUUCAGGGAAGCUCUAAGGGAGUCGUCCCUGGCAUCGGACCCAACACUGACUCCUCAGUCGACCUCCUUUCAGUCGACAUUAAACUCUGACCCCCUCCUGUCGGCCCCGUCCCCUCCCCCGCCGCCCCAGCACAUGUCCGACAGCUACACGCCGAGCAGCAGCUACGUUUCUUACAUGGAGACUCUGCUCAACUCACAUUUCCCUCAGGAUGACGGGUCCGGACCCCUGUAUUAAACAAAUAUAUAAAUAAAUAAAUUAAUAGAGCUCCACAAAAUUAUAACUUGGUCAACGGAGGCUGAGCCAAUAGGAAGUAAGCUAAUGGAGCUGGAUUGUGCUAAGUGCUGUAUUAAUGGACAAAAAGACAUUUCCUGAAGCAGCUCAGGGCAGGAGCAGGAAGAGACACGGACACAUGAGCACUCUUAAUGCAUGUUGCUUUUCCAUUUUUGAGUUAAUGUAUUUGCAGUGGUGCUUUAGCUUGCUCUGAAGCAGCAGCCGCUAAAGAGGUAACAGCUUUUUAUUUUUAACAAUGUUAUUAUUAUUAUUAUUUUGUCAGUUUAUUUUUUGCAAAGGUCUAUAUGUUCUUUUAGUUUUUUUGGUCAGCUGCUGUGCUUUUUCUCCUCCAUCUUAAUAUGAAUACGUCUCUGGGUGGUAUCAACUCCAUACCUCAUGCAUUAAUAUAGUAACGGCACACUACCGUCUUCUUUUUCGACAGGAAGAUAAUUGUCCUGAUCUCUUUCUUUUUCUACUUUGAGUCAAGUAACCAGCAGAAACUUAUCUAUCUGUCAAUCCAGGCCUCCUGUGACGUCCAACACGGUGGAACAAAAGGAUAUUUACUGUGAGGUUUUAUUUCUGGAUUGCAAGGGGGAAAGGGUGUGAAAAAAGGUAUUGUAGGGGUGAACUCAGUAUUUAAAUGUCUUAGUCAAAAAUUGAAAGAAUUAUUUGUAAUAGAAAAAACAUGUUGAAUGCAAACACGGGUAGAUUUGUCUGCAGGAUGCAUUAAAUUUGUGUGAAGCUGUGUCACCGUAGGAAACAGACGAGAUCUUUAUGUAUUUGACGUCUUUCAAGCGGCUCCAAGGCUUCCCACCCGAAACCGUCUCAGGGUUCCUACAUGUGGAAAAUAAAAUUAGUUGUAACGAGUCACACAGUCAAGGAAGAACACGGCACGUGAAUAUCUGUUGCUCCGUCAUAUUUGCUACUGGCGACAGUUUCUCUGCGACACAGUGAUUUCUUUUUGUAUCUGUCACAUUAUCUCUAUGAGCUUGAAGGUAUGAUAUUUGGAAAGAGGAACUUACGUAGGAACCCUCCAAUCUGGAGAUAUUUUGUACCAUUCUUGGUUUAAAUUCUAUGUAUUAAUCUAUAUUGUUAAUGUUGUCGUUUUUUCUAUAACUGUAUUCUUUCUAUCGUCAUCUUCUGAACUUCACAAACUUGGCCGAACCAAAAAUAUGUUUAUUUUUGACAGAAUUUUUCAGGCAUAUUUCUCAGUUUGUACUGACGACUGCAGGCUCUUUGCUUUUUUCCGGAUGUGGCCGAUUUGUGCUGCAGAGGUGCUACAGAGAUAUUAAAACUACUGACGGACUCCACUUCCCAACACUGUCACCUUGUACAUACCGCAGGCCUUGUGUAUUGUGAAUCAAAUUUGUAAAUGUCUUGAAUAUAUUGUAACUUUCUUUUCCUUUUCUUCCCUGUCACAUCAACUGAAAUGUUGGAACACAGACGUGUUCCUGUAUCCGAAUGACAUCCAUUAAGAAAUCGUAUUUCAUAGGGAUUAAAGUGGGUUGCUAGUU